AUGCUUUGUUACAAGCAACUGUCAUCCUCUCACCUCCCUGUCAUUGUCUUCCUGCUUGCCACCUCUAUGCUUCAAGUUUGGACACAUUGGCUGAACCUGAGCUGGCUCCAUGCUGCUCACUCAGAGCUGCAGCUGACUUUGUGUCACUGCAGUUCAUACUCUGUUGAGUUUGCAUCACUGAGGUUGCCCCAGCACCACCAUGCUGCUAGUGGGGUUCAAGACCUCAAGGAGUUCAUCUUGCCCUUCACCCCAGAUCCUCUCCUUCCUGCUUGCAAAGUAUUGCUGUCUGAGCUGUUGAUCCCUGCUUAUCAUUAUUAUAAGUCAGAGGUACAUCUAUUGUCAUCAGGUGUUGGGCUGACUUAUCAUCACUAUCAGGUAUCAUCUUUUACUGCAGUUAUCAGAACUGAGGUUCUGGUAAUGAUCUCCUUCCAUUCCUCACCAAUUCUGUGCUGUAUACAUUAUCCUGUUCAUUGGCACUUGUCUCAUUCCUUACCCACUCCAUCUGGUACUGUUAUCCAAGGAGUGAUCUCAUCCAUAUUCCAAGGAUUGUGCAAGCUAGAAGGAAGUGAGGGUGCUAGUGUGAAUUAG